UUUUAGGUGGUGAUGUUGUACUGAGGGACUACAAGGCAGAGCAAAAAGGGAGCUCUGUUCUGCGCAGAGGAAAUGGGCGUUCUCCUUGGAAAAUUUGGAUGGAGUGGCAGAAAAAAUAAGGGGGGUGUGGUGAGACUGGAAAGGAGAGGACCACCAAAGAGGGGCACAAUGUUGUAGAGCGGUGGAGCUACUUAUAAGAUCUCUUUCAAGGGGAACGGUCAAUACCUAAGAGAAUUGAAAAUGGCAUACCUCCUUAUGUUUGUGACCCUGCUGCAUCUCAUCACACUAGCAAUGCUGUUUAUCGCCACCAUGGAAAAGUCCUGGUGGGUGUGGGAUGGCAUGGAGAACUCAGAUCUGUGGUACAACUGCAGGUUUGACAACUUCACAGGAACUUGGUUGUGUGCGUCCUCCAAGGAAACUGAGUGGCUCAAGGCAGUGCAGGUCCUGAUGGUUCUUGCAGUGGUCUUCUCCUCCGUCUCCUUCUUGGUGUUCCUGGGUCAGCUGUUCACCAUGUCUAAGGGCGGACUCUUCUACUUCACCGGGCUAUGUCAAGUCUUUGCAGGGCUGACUGCCUUUUCUGCCACUCUCAUCUACACAUUACACAAUAAAGAAAUCCUUCAGGACUCCAGAGAGCUGACAUCAGGGCGCUUUGGCUACUGUUUCAUCCUGGCCUGGGUGUGUGUCCCCUUGUUGCUGCUCAGUGGGGUCAUAUACAUCCACUUGCGUAAGAAAGAGUGACCAGAAAAUGGAAAACAAUGUCAACAACAGUACUGAAAAUAAAUUAAUCAACCAAUUAAAUUGACCUUACUGACCCGUUUAAAUCAGAAAUGCUAAUUUUGCUGGAGUCACAGAGUCACAAACGCUCAUAAAUUUAGGUUUUGUUACAUAUGAUAACCGAAUAGUAGAUACAAGUGUACUGGAGAAAUAAUCAAUGGGCUUUCUCUGUGAACACUGAAUCCUCAGUAUCAAUCUAUUAUAUAGCCUAAUGCUCACCCUCAAGGUUUUUGGCGUAAAAUUGCCCAGUUUGUUGACCGAGGAAGGUAAAUAAAUACCAAAGCAGUGUUG